AUGAGUAGUCUCACCGUCUCGCCAUCUCUUCGCAUCGCCACAUCGCCUCGUCUCCAAUUCUCAGACGUCCGAGCCGCCAUCUUGGAUCUUCUUGACAUUUACAGAGCGAGUCUCGUCUUUUUGGGCGACACAUCUAUCAUUCGAGGUUAUACACAUACACAUACACAUGCACAAUUACACCCGGACAUACACGGGGGCCUUUUCCAACACAUGCCGAUGACUACUUACACUCUUGUAAGUAGUCGCUUGAUGGAACGACGAAACCAGCCGUCUCAUCCUCUUACGACGUGUGUCUAA